UCCCCCGCGGGCGCGCGCGCGGACGGCCGGGCGGCGGCGGCGGCGGCGGCGGCGGCUCACGGAGGCGGGGGCUCCACUUUCCAGGACUCAGGGGCGGCGACAGCGCCAGCCGCGGGCAGCAGGCUUUGCAGCCGGAGCUGGAACGGCCGGGCGCGGCGGCGGCGCCGGGGUACAUUUUGAAUGGAUGAAGGAAAAGUUUUGGCAUUUCCCAAAGCUGUUACGUAAAGUGACCAAGUCAUUCAUUUUAUAGAUCUAAAAUGUCCACUGAGGCACAAAGAGUUGACGACAGUCCAGGCACUAGUGGAGGAAGCUCCGAUGGAGACCAGCGCGAGAGCGUCCAGCAGGAGCCAGAGAGGGAACAGGCUCAGCCCAAGAAAAAGGAAGGGAAGAUAUCCAGCAAAACAGCUGCUAAAUUGUCUACUAGUGCUAAAAGAAUUCAGAAGGAACUUGCAGAAAUUACAUUGGACCCACCUCCCAACUGUAGUGCUGGACCCAAAGGAGACAACAUUUAUGAAUGGAGGUCAACUAUAUUGGGACCCCCAGGAUCUGUCUAUGAAGGAGGGGUGUUCUUUCUUGACAUAACCUUUUCACCUGACUAUCCGUUUAAACCCCCCAAGGUCACCUUCCGCACCAGAAUCUAUCACUGUAACAUCAACAGCCAAGGCGUGAUCUGCCUGGACAUCCUGAAGGACAACUGGAGCCCGGCCCUCACCAUCUCUAAAGUGCUCCUGUCCAUCUGCUCCCUCCUGACAGACUGCAACCCCGCUGACCCGCUGGUCGGCAGCAUCGCCACACAGUACAUGACCAACAGGGCGGAGCACGACCGGAUGGCCAGACAGUGGACCAAGCGGUACGCCACAUAGCGCCGGCGGCAGCUCCGCGCGGGGCCACCCGCGCUGCCCGCCGGCUUGUUACCUUUGGAACCGUCUUGCGAUGGAGCGUCAUCCAGCCCCACUCCUGUUCCUUUGCUCCCACCCCUUCCUGUUUUAUUCCCUUUUUAAUUUCCAUUAACUUGAAAGAUCUGGUCUUUUUUUUUAAUCCCCCCUCCACGUGGAUGGGAACUUUGGUUUUCAGUGCAAACAAUGUGGGAUCUGUAAUAAUAAGAGCUUUCUUACCAAG